AUGGAGCGACGUAACAGCAACAACGACGAGCCAGCGCGGCAGCCCGGCAAUCCCGAUGUUUUCGACGACGACUACGAGAUUGAGCCAGAUGAGGACGACUUCAUGCCCUCGGUCUCGGAUGGCUUCCGACCGGCCAACGCGAGCGGAGGGCCUGGCGACAGACAGAACCACGACCGGACCGACGCAAUACAACGACACGCAUCGACUUCGAAACCCCCCCAAAACGACCUGCGGAGGGCAGCGACGCGAAAUAGCACGGCAAAGGUCCGGGACUCGAUGCCGCCCGAAAGCCGCGAAAGCCGCCCACAUGGCACGCACGACCACGGGCCCAGCUCCCCGUCCCCCUUGGCGCAUCGCGCAUCCGUCAGUAGCACAGGAUCAUUCGCGACGACGUCAAACGGCGAGAACCCCUUCGAGACGGGCCCCAGCCAUCCCUACGGCAUGUACCCGCAGUACACGAUGGGACGCACAGCCAGUGUGGAAACCGCCUCCACGGAACGGCAACCACAUCGGUCCAUGUCACUUCAACGGCCGACCCAUCCGUACGCCAUGUACUCACAGAGUGGCAUCGAUGAGGGAAUGGACGAGCCGCUUCCCGCGGAGCCUGCACAUCCAACGCUGCCUCCCAUUCAGACUGCCAUCCCCCUCGGCUUUCCCGGUCAUGGAAACGGAUACCACAGGUGCCACCUUUGCUGCACCCGCACCCGCACUGCCCGUGCGGCGCCCUUAUUGCCUUCGGUCACACCUGCUCGUCUCCCGCCGCAAAGACCAGAAACACAAACUGGCGGUGCAGCAACGGUCACAUCUACCUAUUCCAGCCAAACCCAGAUUCCCGCAGAACCCACCGAGUCUUCUUCCGCGUCAUUGUUGACGACGGAACAGGGCUUCUCUGAAAAAGCAGAACCCACCGAGGGCAAGGUCCCGUGGCACAAAAGAAAAAUACGGGGCAGAAUACCUUUGGGCGUCCUAGUGGUCGCUCUAGGCAUGUUCCUGAUUCUCGCCGUCGCUUUAGGAGCUGCUGUUGGCACUAUCGUCACGAAGAAGCAGAACAAUGAAGACAAGGAUAAAUCUGGGAAACCCGAAGAACCGCUGCCUCAAGUGUCUGGCUCACACGGCUCUCUCUUCGACGCGACUCCUAUUCCUACUCCGUCAGGACUUGGCUCGCUCCCUACUGGCGGAUUCUCGCUACCUCUGGGUAUACCUCAGGAAAGCAACCCAGGCUGCCUGACCCAAGCGAAUCAGUAUUCUGCAUGGUCAUGCAAACUCACCUUCGCCCCGCUCCUCAUCACGGUCAACAACACAAUGACCGACGAAGGCCCCGUGCAGCUAGCGUCAAUGAGAAGUGGCAGUCAGGUGCCCGAUGGCGCUAUACUUUAUGGCCUUCAGACUCCAGAUCUCUCCUCGCAGGCCUUGCAACUGGUUCUCGAUUUGGACUACAAGGCCUAUGGCCCAGCUUACCACUUUCAGUCUCGUUAUGACAAGCUCGUCAUUCUCAGGCCUGAAGAACUAAACACAUUUUCGGGUGUGUUGAAGCGCCAAGAUCCGACUCUUCGCCAGAGAUUUCAAGUCAAGCCCGGAGAUCUUCCCUGGUAUUGCUACUGGAACCAGACUUAUAUCGAAGGCUACAUUUAUGCAGAGGAUAAUUCCACGGCAGCCUCAUUCACCUUUCCUACAGCUGCACCAAGUGGCUCACCAUCCAUCUCGUACGAUUUGGACGGCUUCUUGGCUACAGCAACCACAGGAGCUACACCAUCAGUAGUAACUGUUGCUGCCAGCGCAAGUAGUGCUUCGAUAACGCCAACUCCAAACGCACGCCGGGACGCACAGUCCGACGCUGCCGCUCCGCCACGCAUGCCACCAUAUCCUCGCAUUGUCAAGAUUGAGGAACGUCGUCUGCCAAAUUCGCCACAACCAUACUGUCAGCAAAUGCUUCUACUCGACGACGGAAAGAUUGCCCCAGCUACAUACGGCAGCAACGGCUUUCCCAAGAAGAUUUUGUUACAAGAGAGUGAUCCGAGCUAUGACGACUACUACGCAGCUCGAGUCAAUGAGGGCAGCAACUCGAAGCGUCAGGAUCUGCAACGGAGAUUAGAUCCGAGUGAUUCAUGCCACUGUCAGUGGAUGUUCAAGUAA